AUGGAUACGGACCUCUUUGUUGAUUUCCGAAAACAGAACGAAAACAACUUUGCUAUCUCAGAUGUGCCUGUAGGUCUGAAAGCGAAAAUCUUUUCCGAAUGCAAAGCAUUUUUGGAAAACCCGGCCAAUCAAAGCAAUGCUGACGCAAUUGUCUGUUUACUCAUUUUGAGUCGUGAUCCUGACUACCAAAAGCGCCUAUCCGAAUGUGACAUGCUCCAUCUUCUAUUUCGAGAAGCUGCCAUCCUACCAGAUUCGCCGAAGCCACCCGACGAGUGCAUUGUAGGUGCUCUGAAGUGCCUCUCAAAUGUCAUUUUCAAAAACCCAGACGUUAUUCAGGACUUGAGACUGAAGCACUGCUUGGAUGCGUUGCUCGAUCGUUGUGAGGCUCAAAUUAAGGGCUCCCCUAACUUCCAAAUCGCAUUAUUUGAUCUGAAGGUGCUCUUUCUCUGCUCUGCUUUGGAGUCUGCCGCACGUCUUGAAAUUCUCACUUCGCGUUUUGAAUCCGAUAUUUUUGUAAACAUUCUUCGAUGGGCGCUAGCCUCAGACUUCUCCGUCCACCCUCAAAAGUUUGACAUUGCCAUAGAAACGCUAAAGCUGCUUUUCAAUUUAAGCUACGCCAAGAAAGAACGAGAUUACGAUCAGAAACUUUACGAAUCCACCUAUCGUGACCUUACUACCGUCAUUCGUGAACUGCUUGUGAAAUUCGUGGAGCCUCGUGAACGCAGGAUGGAGCUCGUUAGUCAUUCGGUCAACUUCCUCACCUCGGUUCCAUCUGCAUGCUACGUAGAAUUGCUCUUUCCACCGUCGAAUGUUGAUGCUUCUUUGCAGUCGGACGAUUUUCACGCCGAUCCUCAGGUUACUCGAGCUCUCUCCGUUCUUGUCGAGUUUCUGACCUAUCAGUUGGAACAGGAUGAUAAAUCACCAUCUCGUUCGGGCCAACUGCUCUCUCCCAUUCUGACCGUGAUGGCUACCGCCUCGAAGGUUAACAGAACAAUCAGGAAGUACCUCCGCAUGAGGCUUCUGCCACAUCUAGGCGCAGAUGUCAAACGUCUGCCAGAAACAGGCAAUACUCUUCGUAAUCGACUGUGCAGUAGAUUAACCGCCAAAGCAAACCUGGAUGAUAGGACUGUGGAAGCUGUGGCAUUGCUUAUUUUUAUUCUCUGUAAGGAAAAGGUCGACCGCGCAGUGAAGUAUUCGGGUUUUGGGAACUUUGUGGGCUUCCUCUCACGCCACGGUCUCAUGGCACCGUCUGGUGGUCGUGGCGGUGGCGAGGCCUAUUCUUCAGCUUCCUCGGACUCCGAGACGGAGGAUUAUCGAGAGUUAAAAGACCAAAUUAACCCUGUGACGGGUCGCGUUGAACCGCCACGUUGUAAUCCAAUGGAGGGUCUCAGUGAUGAGCAGAAGGAAUUUGAGGCUAUGCAAUUGGUCAACAAGAUUGAUCAACUUCAGAGAAGUGGUCUAAUCCAGCCUGGAGUUGUGGGCGAGGAUGGACGAGUACGACCUGCGGAGCAUGUCUUGGAGUUGGUACAGAACAUUUCCGAUGAGGAGGAUGAGGAGUCUGACUAG